UUUAAAGGUUUCCCCCAAGUGGUUGGUGUGGUUGAUGGCACACAUAUCCGUAUUCAAGCGCCUAGCGCGAACGAAGACGAUUAUGUGAACAGAAAGGGAUUUCACUCCCUUAAUGUACAGAUGAUUUGUGAUGCCACUUUUCGGUUUGUUGACGUAGUCGCAAAGUGGCCUGGGAGCGUUCACAAUUCAAUGAUCUUUCGUGAAAGCGCCAUACGUCAGCGCUUUGAAAGAGGUGAAAUCGACGGUCUUCUGCUUGGUGACUCUGGCUAUGGAUGCAAGAGGUAUCUUAUGACACCAUAUCAAAACACCGACAGUCCUUGUAAGGAACGGUUUAACAUAUCCUUAUGUCGAACAAGAGUGGUGAUCGAGCAAGCUUUUGGCGUUCUCAAGCGUAGGUUUCCAUGUCUACAUUAUGGACUUAGAGUAAAACCUGACAGAGCAGCCAAAAUAACAGUCGCGUGUGUCAUUCUUCAUAACAUUGGAUUAGAGAGGAAAGACAUGUUUUCACGAACAUGUGAGGAUGACACGGAUCAGCCACAUGUUGUAUAUGAAGGAGAUGGGUCUGGAAACAGUUACAGAGACCACAUCGCAGAAUCUUUCUUUUAAGAACAUAUAGUUAUAUAAUAACAAGGGUUGUAUGCAAAACAUCCAUGCCCCCCAUAUGGGCUGUCAUUGGUAUUGGUAGCCAUUGUGUGCAUACGUUUGUUGUCACUGUGAUCUUGACCUUUGACCUGAAAAUCAAUAGGGGUCAUCUGCCAGUUAUGAUCAAUGUACCUAUGAGGUUUCAUGAUCCUAGGCCUAAAUAUUCUUGAGUUAUCAUCCUGAAACCAUUUUACUGUUUUGAGUCACUGUGAUCUUGACCUUUGACCAAGUGACCUGAAAAUUAAUAGGAUCAUCUGCCAGUCAUGAU